CACCUCAAAACGGUGGCACACAAUUCUAUGGGGAUCUUCCCCUAUAUAUAACUAGCCUACCCAUUGUUUUAUCAAAGGUCGUUGAAUUGGCAUACGGGGUGUUCGGUGCACUGGCCCUUCAAAUAUCAUUGCAACAACUCAAUUGUAUCAAUGAGCAUGAAGGAAGAGGAGACUGCUGUAGCUGCUGGGAGACUUGGAUUGCUGGUUCGUCAUUUGGGUGGAGCUCAACCAGGAGUAGAAAGUGAAAGAGGUCUUGAUAUUGCAAGAACAAGUGCAGGAAGGAUGAUGUCUGUAUUUGAGAAGGUGGAGCAAGCACCUGAAGAUCCAAUUCUCGGGGUGACAGUUGCCUACAACAAGGAUCCAAGCCCUGUGAAAUUGAAUUUGGGUGUAGGUGCAUAUCGAACAGAGGAAGGGAAACCUCUUAUUCUGAACGUUGUCAGGCAAGCAGAGGAGCUCUUAAUUCAAGACAGGUCCCGAUAUAAGGAGUACUUGCCCAUAACAGGUCUUGCAGAAUUCAAUAAGCUGAGUGCGAAGCUGAUUCUUGGCAAUGACAGUCCAGCUAUACAAGAGAGAAGGGUUGCCACUGCACAGUGUUUGUCUGGAACAGGUUCCCUUAGGGUUGGAGCUGAGUUUCUGUCAAGGCACUAUAGCCAACGUAUAAUCUAUAUUCCUGUACCUACAUGGGGCAACCAUCCCAAGAUCUUCCAUUUUGGAGGGUUGGGUGUAAAUACCUAUCGUUAUUAUGAUCCAAAAACACGGGGGCUUGAUUAUCAAGGCAUGCUUGAAGACCUCCAGGCAGCUCCAUCUGGUGCCAUUGUUCUUCUCCAUGCAUGUGCUCAUAAUCCCACUGGUGUUGAUCCCACCCAAGAGCAGUGGGAUGGAAUCCGUCAAUUAAUUAGAAGUAAAGAUCUACUGCCAUUUUUUGACAGCGCGUAUCAGGGAUUUGCCAGUGGAAGCCUUGAUACAGAUGCAUACUCUGUUCGUUCAUUUGUAGCAGAUGGUGGUGAAUGCCUUGUUGCUCAGAGUUAUGCUAAAAAUAUGGGACUGUAUGGAGAGCGUGUAGGGGCUCUUAGCAUUAUAUGUAGAAGUGAGCAUGUAGCAAAAAGAGUUGAAAGUCAAUUGAAGCUUGUUAUUCGGCCAAUGUAUUCAAGCCCUCCUAUUCAUGGUGCUUCUAUAGUGGCAACCAUACUGGGUGACAGGAAUCUUUAUCAUAAUUGGACUAUUGAAUUGAAAAACAUGGCAGAUCGCAUUAUUAGCAUGCGCCACCAGCUGUAUAAUGCUCUUAAAGUCCGGGGAACUCCUGGAGAUUGGAGCCACAUUUUAAAGCAAAUCGGAAUGUUUACUUUUACUGGCUUGAACAAAGAUCAAGUUAGAUUUACAACAGCAGAGUACCAUAUUUAUAUGACAUCUGAUGGGCGUAUAAGUAUGGCAGGCCUGAGUUCAAAAACGGUCCCACACCUUGCAGAUGCUAUUCAUGCUGCUGUCACCCGUGCAGGGUAGCAGCAAUAUUUACCAAUCAAUAAAUUUUGGAACAGAACAUACGAAAGGCCUAAAUCUCCAAAAUGAUUUUCUUGAUAAAAGCUGCAGAAAUUUGUUAUCUCAAUGGUUUCCUUUUCUUUUUACAUUUUGUUGUUCAAUAUGAUGGAUAUAAUUGAGUGUAAAAUAUUGUCUCAGCAAAAAUAAGAAUGGCGGAAACGUUUGAUACUGCAUAACUACUUAUGCACUGUAUCAAAAUAUUAUAUUUUAUCAGGAGAUAUUUAUUUUUGGAAAUAACAUCUUAAUUAUUUGUCUUUUAUAAAUGCU